GGAAUCGUAGGGAAUUGGAAACUCUUCAAGUUUUUAUCAGGUAUGAACUCUGAAGCAUAUGAGCCGCCAAAUUGGACGGUCAGAGAUCUGUCCACGUAGCCCUACAAUUUCUUCUUCCCGCCAGUUUUCAUCUCCCGCGUCUUCAUCUGCUCCUCUUUAUACAGAACUUGAAACGACCACCAAAACCCAAAUAAAACCCCAAAUCAGCUCUCUCUCUCUCUCUCUCUCUCUCUCUCUCAUGGCGACCGAUAAACUAACAGAGUAUGAGCGUAAAAGGCUCGAGAACAUUAGGCGGAACGAUGAAAUGAUAGCUUCUCUCAAGCUCCAUGCCAGAUCACAAGAGCUUUCCGCCGCUUCUAAGCGCCACAGAGUUCAGGCUAAAGUUUAUAAGACUACUCCGGAUAAAAAGCCCAAAACCGAAUCCCCAAUUGUUACUAGGAGAUCUCUGCGGGUGAGAAGAAUGCCUCCGCAUUAUUCCGACGCAAAUGACCUUAAUGGUUUCCAUGAAUCUGCGAGUAAGGCCUCCAGUUCUCCCGCCAAGGAAAAGCCUUCGCCUCGGAAAUUGGAGCCGUUUAUAAGCAUGAGAGAUGCGUACAGAGGCAUUGUGUCUCAUGGGGCACUUAUACAAACGAUUAUUGGAUUUCCAAAGAAAACCCAGUUGAGUCCUUCAACUGAAUGGAGAUUUGGUGGAGGUGAGGGCUCAAAUGAUCAUAAAAUGGAUGGUUUGGUUCAGCGCACUGGUGUUGUUUGUGGAAAUGUCCCAGUGACUCGCAAGGUUACGAGCGAAGUGUAUAAGAGAAUGGGUUCUCUUGAUUUGAGGUCUUUGGCUUUGGAACCAGAAAAUAUAGCACGAGUUAUGCCGGGGAGGAUAUUGGUCACACGGUUUUUUCCUGCUGAUCAUUUGAAAAUGAUUGUCUCAGGGAAUAAGUUUGGUAAUAUUGCAUUCUGGGACCUCAACUCUAAACAGGAAGAUGGAGAUGGGAUUUAUUUGUACUACCCUCAUACAGCCCAUGUUUCAGCGAUUUCAAUUCAUCCGCAUUCUUUAUCAAAGAUUUUUACCAGUGGUUAUGAUGGAUUGAUUCGACUGAUGGAUGCUGAGAAGGAGGUUUUUGAUCUGGUGUAUUCCAGCGAUGAUACUAUAUAUUCUCUUUCUCAUUUGCCAAACAAUGCAAAAUGCUUCUAUUUUAGUGAGGGUGAUGGAGGACUGAGGAGCUGGGAUGAAAGGGCCAGGAAAUCUUUAAGCUCUUUGAUUUUGCAUAAAGAUAGGAUCAACACGAUUGAUUUCAAUGCAGACAACCCUAACAUCAUGGCUACGAGUUCCACUGAUGGGACAGCCCAGAUUUGGGACUUGAGAAAUGUUGAUGCACAUAAACCAAAACCUUUGAAGGUUGUUAACCAUAAGAGGGCUGUACAUUCUGCCUACUUCUCACCCUCUGGAAGAUUUCUUGCUACAACAAGUAUUGGCGACGAGAUUGGUCUACUAAGUGGAGAUAGUUUUGAGAAUUUUUCUCUGCUUAAACAUGACAAUCAGACAGGCAGAUGGAUAUCUUCUUUCAGGGCAAUAUGGGGUUGGGAUGAUUCGUCUCUCUUCAUUGGCAACAUGAAAAGAGGAGUUGAUGUCAUCUCUUCGGCUCGAGGAAAAGCAAUCAUGACUCUACAGAGCCCACACAUGUCUGCAAUCCCAUGCAGGUUUGAUGCACACCCCUGCCAGGUUGGAAUGCUGGCAGGAGCCACUAGUGGGGGGCAGCUCUAUGUGUGGACACCAGGCCAAGUGGAUUCGAGUUUCAUUUAGUACUGCAGUUCAGUCAAUUAAUGAAUGUAUGCCAUGUUUUGAAGCUUGGCUUCUGGAAAUUCCUGUAAAUUUGCAAAAUUACAUGAGCUCCUAUAGUUCCCUUCUUGAGUUUUCAUGUAAGAAUUGAAUGAUUAUGAGGCUCCUGUUCUAUUUUGAAAUCUGAACUACUGUAGCAGUUGAUCUUGCAUUGAAGAGGGUACCACCAGCAGUUACAACUUGAGACUGCCAUAUUUGGAGUGUUUGAUUAUGAUUGGUUCAUGGAAGAUGGAAAUGUAAUAGAACUUUUAUGGGGUUAUACCAAAUUUAGAAAUA